GAAGUCGGACUAUUAUUUGGACUCGAGGAUGGGUUUCUUCUCCGGCAGACGGCCAGAGGACAUUGCUGGCAACAUCGAACAGCCCAAGUCUGUCGUCCGUGUCAUUCGUUCCCGCUUUUAUGGUAAACAGGCAGGCAAGAGCCGCAGUAGCCAUGGGCCAGAACCUUCGUCUUCCUCGUCUCAUGAUGACAGUCUUCGUUCCCAUCUGUCUUCCAGUCCUUACCCUGAACGACCCUCUGCCACGACCCUCAGCCAUGUGCAUGCCUCCAGUACCAUGCGUCCAACCGCCUCACGACUCCCUUCCUCGCCGUCCUCGCCUCGCACAAGACCUAUCAAUAACAUGACUACUACCUCUCGGCCGUCCACUGAUGCGAUAACGCUCACUUUGGCUCAACGUUUACAAGAGCUUGCAACUGCGAAUGCGGAGGGUCUCCUCAGUGACGACGAAUAUCGUCUCCUUCGGCAAGACCUCUUUGACCGUCUGGCUGGCGGCUCAACUGUACCCACUGAAGCACCUGUUAUACCAGUUAUCAGCCGUAAUGCUGCGAGUGAUCCGGGGCCUUCAAGACAUUCACGACAAACAUCUCACUAUGAUACACAAUCCACACGCGCACCGUCCACUACAUCAAAAAGGUCUAUAAGCUCAACAGUCACGGGUAUGCUAAAGCGGGCCACAAGUAAACGACGGGGUUCUGGUGCUACAGAGUACAGCGAUACUGCCAGUAUCUUCUCGACCACUUCUACUGCGCAACGCUCUGUCUUUCAACGACCACUUGCCAAACAAAGUAGCGAAGCCUCCCUUGCACCUGAGAGUCCGCGACUUUCUCGUGCAGAUUCUGUUAUGCGGCCACCGAAUCUGAAGCUCAACAAGGAUCGAUCCAACUCCAUGACGCGUUCUGUUCGAAGUCUACGCAAAGGAGCCAUGCCACCACCUUCCGCGUUCCAACAGAAACACGCUCCCGAGACUUAUGUCCAGACAGCACCAAUCGACGGAUCCGCUGACGAUGAGUUGCUUCGUUCAACCGACGACAUUCGUCGUGAAAUUGAAGCCGUCGAAGCAGAAGGCAGGAGGUUGCUAGAUGCGUUUAGCGGGUUAGAGCUCAGCACGCUUGUCAAACAACAACGAAAUCCUGGCUUGAUGUUGUCAUCAACAGAAUCCAAUUUACAUCUCAGAGCGAGUUCGUCUGCGGGUCAGACGCGAAUGGACAUCGAUAGCAAUUCAAUACGUUCCACCGGCUCAGGACUCACGAUGCUAUCCAUCAAUCGACCACCCGGUGUGGAAGCCAGGCUGCGUCGAAACGCGUCGAACUCCGGGCCAUCCAGUCUUUAUCGCAAGAACUCCGUUUCCACUAUGUCUACGCAUAGCAAAACUGGCAACACCAUCUCUCCUACAUCACCUUCUUCACGUCACCUGGGUCGGUCGCGACUGGGUAGCACGUCUAGUGUGAACUUGGCUCGCAGUGCGAGUCACCUUCCACUAGCACCAGUCGCUGAACGAGCAGACACACCUCAUCGAACCCUUCGUGUCUUGGCUAGUGAGCCAGAUGCCAUGUCGGAGGCUGGUGGGGAUGACUCGGUGGACGAAAUGAACGACAUUCGAAGACGGAAAGCCGAAGUGACGGCGCGAUAUGAAACCCGCGUUGAAUACCUUCGUGCAAGACUGAAGGGCGCCGAGCUUCGCGAGAAACUGCUCAAGACAUAGAACAUUGAGAUUGUAAUAUGGUUGAUCUAGUUCCGGACUAACCGGCGGAGGCAUUUUGUGAUUGAAUUCUAUUUUUUGGUGCAAGGAUUGUUACAUACCCAAUCUACGAUAUAUAUACCCGGCGUAUUAGGGCGCCGUGCACUGUGCAUGGAUGUUAUAGCUAGCUACACUCUCUUCUAAUACUUACUCGAAUAUACCUACGUUCGCUAGUCAUGUUCUGGAGUGAGUGC